GAUGAUGAUGAUGAUGAUGAUGAUGAUGAUGAUGAUGAUGAUGAUGAUGAUGAUGGCAUCAAUCGGAAUCAAGUGCUCGGCAGUUCGGAUCCCGGUAAAACACAAUCGUCGACCAAUUUGCCCACAUUGGAACAAAGCGGUGUAAAUACGAAUCAGUUGUUCGCCAAUUUACUGAAAGAUGAUUCUCAGGUACAGUGUUCAGGAUAUUAA